UCGCUGCAACACAUCCAUCCUGCGUGGAGCCCCGUGGGCCACAGAAGGCGCUAGGAAAAUCACGGAGCUGGGACCUUACCACACUCUCUUUCUCUCUCUCUCCCUCCACUCUCCUCCUCUUCUUCUUCUUCUUCCUCUCUCUCUUCUGUCGAGCUCGGUGGACGACUUGUUUCUCCGCACACGUCCUUCCCAGAAAUGCGCGUGAAGGCGAGGGGACGCCCGGCGUGUGUGUGCGUGCGUGCGUAAAGAGACGCGAGGGAGAGCGGAGCCAGUCGAGGCAGGACUCGGGAAGCUGCGAGGAGGGGACAAUUCCAAAAAAAAAAAAAAAAAGAAAGAAAGAAAAGAAAAACACAGCAACGCCGACAAAGCCAGCCAGGGGGAACGCGCUUUUUGUUUCUCCUCUUCUGUUUUUUUUUUUCGUGUAUCUCCUUGAAACCGGGAAUGGCAACGCAGUGAAGAGGAAGAAUGCCCCGCCGUAAACUCGAGUGACGCACCCGAGUCGGUUCGUGCGUGUCUUUUCUUCAUGGGGAACAUCUUCGCCUUUUGAUUUUUGAAUCCCCCAACUCCCUCCCCCGAAAAAAAGAACAGUGGACGCUCGGCGGAUGCUUCAAGUUUGAAGGAGGACUUCUUCUUCUUGAACAUUUCCCACCCCUCCUUCUCCUCUCUCGUUUUGAUUUCGCAUCGCGUCCAAAACACUCCAAGCCCACGUCCGCACUGCUUGCAAAGCACUUGGAUGAACUUCCUGAUGAGAGAUCCAGUCGUCCAGGGCUCGAGUAUGGCAUAUCAUCCGUUUAUACCUCACCGGGGUCCGGAAUUUGCCAUGAGCGCCAUGCUGGGCCACCAGCCGCCCUUCUUUCCGGCUCUGGCGCUGCCCCCCAGCGGCUCGCUGUCGCUGCCGGGCGCCCUGGGCAAGCCGAUCAUGGAUCAGCUGAUGGGGGGAGCGGCCGACUCCGGGCUACACUUCUCCUCGCUGGGCCACCAGGCCGCCGCGGCAGCCGCCGCCGCCGCCGCGCACCUCCGGCCGCUCAAGAGCCUGGAGCCCGAGGAGGAGGUGGACGACGACCCCAAGGUGCACCUGGAAGCCAAGGAGCUUUGGGAGCUCUUCCACAAGAGGGGCACCGAGAUGGUGAUCACCAAAUCCGGAAGGCGGAUGUUCCCCCCCUUCAAAGUGAGGUGCACGGGCCUGGACAAGAAGGCCAAGUACAUUCUCCUGAUGGAUAUCGUGGCAGCCGACGACUGCAGGUACAAGUUCCACAACUCGCGCUGGAUGGUGGCUGGCAAGGCCGACCCCGAGAUGCCGAAGAGGAUGUACAUCCACCCGGACAGCCCCGCCACCGGGGAGCAAUGGAUGUCCAAGGUGGUCAACUUCCACAAGCUCAAGCUCACCAACAACAUCUCUGACAAGCAUGGAUUUGUAAGUUCCACUAAUACCAUUCUGAACUCCAUGCAUAAAUAUCAGCCUCGCUUUCACAUCGUGAGGGCCAACGACAUCCUCAAGCUGCCCUACAGCACCUUUAGGACGUACGUGUUCCCCGAGACCGACUUCAUCGCGGUGACUGCUUAUCAGAACGACAAGAUAACUCAGCUUAAAAUCGAUCACAACCCUUUCGCCAAAGGCUUCCGUGACACUGGCAACGGCCGACGGGAAAAGAGAAAACAAUUGGCCCUGCAGUCUAUCCGCUCGUACGAGGAGCAGCAAAAGAAAGAGAACGGAGCUUCGGACGACUCCUCCGGGGAGCAAGCGCCCUUCAAGUGUUUCGGUCAGGCCUCCUCACCUGCCGUGUCCACCGUGGGACCCCCACACCUGAAAGACUUUUGUGACAGCGACGAGGACAGCGACGACGAGAGCAAAGACGGCCACGUCAAAGACGGUCCAGACUCUAACAAGAUUUCCACUACGACGGAGGACGCCAAAGAGCACGACACUAGCCCGACUAAGGGCCACCUGUUCGGGGGAGGCGGCGUCCUCGGCGGCGACCCCCCCGGCCGAACCCGCGACGUCGGCAGCCCGAGGACCGAUCGAGGCCGGGCGGACUCUCGACAGAGCCCCAUCACCGUCAUCUCCAGCACCACUCGCUCCGGGGAGGAGGUGAAGAGCCCGAGCCUGGACCCGGCCAAGGAGGACGAUUGCCGGCCGCCGGGCAAGGACGCCUUUGCGCCGUUGAAUGUGCAGACGGAGGGCCCGCACAUGGGCCCUCACAGCCACAUGCCCAACUUCGGAUUUGCCGGCGGCCUGACGGGACAGCAGUUUUUCAACCACUUGGGGAGCGCGCACCCCUUCCUCCUGCACCCGAGUCAGUUCAACAUGGGCGGCGCCUUCUCAAACAUGGCCGCGGGGAUGGGCCCCUUACUGGCCGCCGUGUCCACGGGAGGCGUGAGCACCAUGGACACCAGCAGCAUGGCCUCCUCCCCUCAGAGCCUGGCGGGGGCUUCGGGCCUGCCCUUCCAUCUGCAGCAACACGUCCUGGCCUCGCAGGGUCUGGCCAUGUCCCCCUUCGGAAGUCUGUUCCCCUACCCAUACACGUACAUGGCGGCGGCCGCGGCCGCCUCCUCCGCAGCCGCCGCCUCGGCCUCGUCGUCCCCGUCGGUUCACCGGCACGCCUUCCUGAACGCGGUGCGCCCCCGACUCAGGUACAACCCCUACUCGCUCCCCAUGACGGUACCGGACAGCACGCUGCUCAGCACGGCCGCGGCUGCCGCCGCCUCUGCCUCAGCUCUGGCGCCGCUGGGGGCCGAGCUGAAGGGGGACGUGCUGGUCCCGGCCAGCCCGGCCUCGGCCCAGCUCGACUCGUCCACGUCGGAGGUGACAAGUCGCUCGGUGUCGCCCAAAAUAGGUGCCGACAAAGAAGGCGCCAACGAGCUGCAGAGCAUCCAGCGCCUCGUCAGCGGGCUGGACUCGAACCAGGACAGGUCGAGAAGCGGGUCGCCCUGAGGGGAGGGGAGCGGGCCCCCCCCCGCCCCCUCUCUAACCCCCCCGCCCCCCGCUUUUCACCCACACACUUGUUAUUUCUUGUCAUUUUUCAAGGCGUCCCAAAUACCUUGAAAGACAACAACAGGAGGACUUUGUUCAUAGCAGGGUUUUUUUUUUUUUUCAAGAGAGACAUAUUUUAGUUUCUGAAAUGCACUUUGGUUUAAUACACAUCUGAUAUGUAUUGUUUUUUCCUUUUAAAUUAAAAAAGCAACACUUAACCUGUCUUUUUUUUUUUUUAAUACCGUACAAGUAUUGAAACUGAAAAGUGGUCAGAUGAGAGACUUAACGAAUUGAAGUUGCUGCUGUCUCCGAACUGCAUCAUACACGACGAAAUGUUAUGUUUUUAUGAUUAUUAUUAUUAUUAUUAUUUCUUUUACUAUUACUUCUUCCCAAUAUGCACUCUGAAUUUACACAUUUGAUUUCCACUACCGUCGAACAUGACCUACCUUUAAGAGACUGCUGUAUUUUCUUGUACUAUUUCAAUUUUAAUGACCCCACCCCCCUCAGAAAAUGCAUGCACCCACCCUCCCCCUCCGUCUAUCGUGAAUGUUCUUUAAAAUAGUGGGGGACACAUUUGUUUUAAAAAUAUAUAUCUCUUUAAUUGGAUUACUGUUCUUUUUAAUUUGUUGUUUUUAAAUCCAAAAACUGCUUUGGGUAGCAAAGAGGUCCAAGCGUUAAUGUUCAAUGGGCAAAAGGAAGCAGACAAUUCAAAGUAAAUAUAAAACAACAACAACAUGAAAGGUAGUAUUGAGUCUACAUGUACAUAUGAGUAUAUAAAAUAUUUAUGUAUAAUUAUUUCAUAUUGUUGCGUGUAAAUAAAAAGUAGUUUGUCCUAGGGAUCUGUUGUUAAUUUAUUGUGGAUAUAUCUAUGUAAUGAUAGUUUUGUGGCUAUUAUCUUUUUGUUUCCAUCUCCAUUUAUUAUCCCUCCUUCUUGUCCAAAUCUUCAAAUAUGGAUUUUAUUCCUCCCUUAAUAUCCACUCAGCUAGUUACUCACACUCAUGUGCCAUUGUAUUUUUCACUUGAUGUCCGCGCGUGUGCGUGUGUGUGCGUAUGUGUGCGUGCUAUUCAACGAAUGAAAAAGGCGACAACCAACGCACCGCACUAAUGGCUUGAAACACCUCCUUUUUUUAAAUGUUUAAAAAAAAAAAAAAAAAAAUUUUUUUAGGAACGCAAAACAAGUGUUAAAGUUUGACAAAAGUGGAUUUAUUCUGUUAUGGAAAUUUGUAAACCUGGUCGUUAAAAGUGCCGUAUAAUCUUAAAGAAAAUGAAGGUUUUGUUCUCUUUUUUUUUUUUUUGUGUUUCUUAUACGUUGGGUUAUGUUGUAGCCUCUCGGAUUUUUUGUCUAGUUUACAACAUCGACAUCGUGUUCUUGAAAGUUUCAAUAAAACAUUGAAAUGUUGA